AUGUCUUCUGCUCUUGUAACCUGCCCAGAAUGCGGCAGGCCGAUGAAAAGGAAGAAUUUGUGGAGCCACUUGAGGGUUGUCCACCGCAGAAAAGAGGAGGAUGUUUCUGAAAUUCGCGCACGACUUAACAAGGAAGCCGAGGCUGGGAGCAUCUUGUGUCCGCUGUGUAACAAGUGUUUUCCAACCCACGAAGUUUUGGCGCUGCAUUGCCAAGAGAACUAUUCCGAGAACGGCGCUGCCGGACGACCACAAGAUUAUUCUCGGAUUUCCAGGAAUUUCACUAGUCGUGACGAAUAUCAGACCUGGGAAAAAAAAACCAAGCAGCUUGUUGAGUCAUCACUGCGACCAGCUGUAGACAGCGCGCUUUAUCGCCUUUUGAAAGAGGUGGAUUUGGAUAAAUUCCAACGCAGAUUUGCGGACAUUCUUGUUUACCUUCGGACACUAAAUCAGACGCAUAUGGCUGAAUACCUCGAGAAAAAUUACCUAGGGAAAACGCCAAGUUGGGCUUCAUUUACGAGUAGGGGCGCCGUCCUCGACACGACAAUGAUCAGUGAGAGGUUCCAUUUACGAAUUAAGGACGAGUUUCUACAUCGCAAUUCUAAUUCUCGUAUCGAUGGGUUUGUAGACCUCCUAAUCAAAGCAGUAGAAGACCUCUCAGAAAAUAUAGAAGUAAAGGACCGCCGCCGGUUUGCGGACUCAGCCUAUAGAUUGAGAGAAACGCAUAAGCGUCAUAAAACUGCGGCGACCUUUAUAUUCGAGAAAGCAGUGAUAUGGACAUGUACGAAAACCUUCGAAGUAACCUUUGUUGGGACAUGCACUUGUGAUCCCGUGAAAAACACACACUGCAUUACUUGCGGUGUUUGCGCUUACGCAUGGAAUUGUACAUGUAUGGAUAAUAGGGCAGGUAUCAGUUGUCCUCAUCGACAUGCUGUCAAAAUGCUGUUCCCAGACGACUUACCCGUGGAAACUGCCGUUAUGGCAUCAGAAGAAGCUAUGUUUUGCCAUCCUGAACUCGACUCGGAAGCACCUAGCACGGCAGAGCAAGAGCGCCGAGAAGCGCGAUAUAAUAAACUUAGUUCUAUCAAGAGUGUAUAUGCUGUGGUACAGGCCAGUGCUACUUCAUUAGCCAAAACUGACACGGAUGAAGCGAUGCAACAGCUCGAGAAAAUCUUGGGUUACAUGGAACUAGCGGCAGAAGUCGCACAAACCUCGUCAUCGAGCGCUCUAGCUGUUCGACCAAAACUGGCAGGGGUUGGGGGCAAGCCCCAGUUGACUAAAGUCGAGCUUUAUCAGAAUCGCUGCAAGUGCCAUCAUCAUUGA